CGCGCAUGCGUAGUUAAAUGUAAAUACGGAGGUGUUGGUUUCAGCAACUUUUUAAGAAUUUUCAACGUUCUUUUAUAUCCACGCGACAGAUAUUUCUUCUGACUGCUAUCCACAGUCAGAAUAUCAGCUGCAAAGGUCACUCUGAAGAGAGCUGACAAUGUCACUUGGCCUUGAUUUGGCUGAGUUGUCAAAACACCUUCGACAGGAGCGUCUCUUUGUCACAUCGGAAAGGGAUCAACUGCUGCAACUCUAUGAGCAGGUAAAGAACUCUGGGGAGCAAUUAUUCCACCAGUCAUGGAUCGGUCAGCAGCAGAAAGUGGUUCUAGACCAGUUGAUCAGCGCCAGUACCCAGGUGAUGCCAGCAGAGUGCUGCACACUGACCAACCAGCUGGAGGCAACAGUAUUCGAGGAUGGCUACAAACAGCUGAGUUACCACGCCAGCAAGUACGGCGAAUUUCUCAAGUUUUUACUGGACAACCCGAGUUUUGUCGGUCAGAUUUUGGCCGCCGCUGAUCAGAACAAUGUGGCAAGCGUUGGCGAUGUGAUAAAGACCCUGAUUCAUUCGGUCUAUGCAAAUUGUAUACUGCAGGAGGAUGAGAUUUCGAUGUUGUACGUUUUGAAGAGCCUGCUGGAACUUCAACUGUCCCCGUGUGAAAACCCCAGACGAAUGCUCAGUCGCGGCUCGUGCGCAUUUAGCAUGGCUUUCAAACAGUUGUUUGAUAUGGUGUUUUCUUCCAAACUCUUUCUCACUGCUGCGCUGCAUGAUCCAGUUAUGAGACUCUUAAUGGAGGACGAGUGGUUCUAUGACAUCGAUCCCGGAAAGGCCCUGGUGCGGUUCCCACCAAGCGAAAGGCUGCGGAGGUUUGGUGAGCCGGGUACCGAGCAGUAUAAAGACAAACUCGCAAAGUACAGGAUCACCAUCGUUGAUAAGCUGGUCCUGAUGGCCAACCGCUUCAUCACAUCGAUCAAGAACAACAUGCACUGCUUUCCUCCUGGCCUUGGCUGGCUGGUCUCUCAGGUAUAUCAGAUGCUCGUGAAGACAGGGCGGGUAGAGAUGGACGAAGUGAGGGCUGUGUGUGCUGACCUGGUGUUUGCACAGUUCAUCUGCCCCGCCGUAUGUGACCCGGAACCCCAUGGCAUCACCACAGAUGUCCCUAUUAGUCACAUAGCGCGGCACAACCUGAUACAGAUGGCCCAGAUACUGCAGGUGCUGGCAAUAUCUCAGUGGGAGAAAAUAGACAGCAGGGUGAUGGACCUCUAUGGAAAGUUUGAAAAGGGCUGCAUGUCCACCCUGCUGGACUCCCUGCUGGAUGGCAUUGGAGUGGAGCUUCCAACAGCGCCCUCUACCCAGCAGACAUGUCUCACAAGAACUGCAACUCUCAUCCCUAACUCCAGGCUAAACCAGCUGGUGACGUUCCUACGCAGUGCCCUGCCCAGCGUUGAAGACAGCCCCGAGAGGAAGGUGCUGGAGGAACUGCUGUCAGGGAUGGGCCCCGUGACCCCCAGUCCCUCCCUGGGGCAUUUAAAUGUUCAGGCCACACCCCCUGACACACCCACCACAGCAAAAAAAUUAAAAGGGAAGAAAAAGAUGUCAACAGUGUCAAUGAUGACCACGAUGUCGGACGAGACGGCCAGUGUGAACUCCCUGACCCUGGACCCCGAGGCACAGCCCAGUGGGCCUGAAGAGGUGCUAGUCAUACCCCUGGGCAACGAUCCAGAAUGUCCCGGAAUGAUGUCUGAACAAAAGGUGUUGGUGUGUGAACAAGAGACCAAGCGUCGGCGUGUGAAGUACCAGACAGUACAGUGGGAGUAUCAAGACCAGGGGGAGCCCCCAGAGAGUCAGGAGAAGAGGACAAGAUUCUCGCUUUCUCAGGACCAGGAAUCCAUAGGAAACACCAGCGACAUUCCCGAAGGUCUGUCAGAGGACGCCUCCAGUCACUCUGUGGGCUCUCAGGACCUGGAGAACGAUGACGACAAUGACAAUUUCUCUGACAUGAUCUCCGCCAAUGUCAGCGGCCGGGGUACCCCCAAUAUUAGUGGCAGUGGACGGGAGACGCCCCUCUCACAGGAGGAGGAAGAGGAGGAGAGAGUGCCCUAUGUACAGCCUGCCCUGCCUGAGACCGUACAGAAGAAGAAUCGGGAAGAUGUCACGGACAAAUUUGGAAAAUUUGAUAUCAAGCCAGAACUGGACUAUGACCUGAAGUCAACAGUGAGUGACACAUGGAGUACGGACGUACUCGCGAGUGACUCCGAGCCCCCGGAGAUGCCUCAACAGGUGCGACUCGAGGAAAUUGCUGAGGAGAUGGUGCGCCAACAGUUCCUCACGUCAGGGGAGAGAGUGCUAGGCCUGUCAAAAGCACCAAGUGACGCAUGGAGUACUGACGUCAUGCCAUCUGACACUGAAGACAAACAGGCGGAGACUUUCUCCGAGUUUGACGACAUGUCAAGCAUGGCCGAACCAGGGGGGAGCAACCUGGAUGAUGUUCGUAGCGAGCCAGGGGGAAGUAAUCUGGACGACCUGCGCAGUGAACCAGACGUAGGGAUGAUCAACGAGAAUCCACCCAUAGCUUCAGGAUACGUAAGUGUUAACCAGCUGCAAGGCGGAGCCAUGGGAGGUACAUCAGUGACCUCAGACAAUGUAAGCAUGUCACCCACAUUCUCUGACAGCGUUUUCUCAGACAUUGACGACAACAGACUGCUAAGGGAUAGCCGACCGAACCGAGGCUUGAGGGAGAACCUUCCUGGCACCUCAUUGGACAGUAACAAGCUGUUUGUACCAAUCAAAAAGAAGCGCGGCCAGUCUCCAUCAGGAUCAUCACCGGACCGGAACAGCGAUACAAGCUCUAACAGAUACCGCCUUGUCGAUUUUGCCCCGGAGCCAAAGGAUAGCAGCUUUUCCUCCCAUCCAGUAAGUGAUACCAGCAUUAUGAACGGUACAAGACCUAAAGUGGUGCCUAGUGAAAGAAAGAAUCACAAGAUUACUCCUUAUGAAAAAUUCAAAGAAAAUACUAGUGCUGCGGAGGUGAAUUUUGUGAUAGGAGAUGAAAAGCGUCCGAUUUCCAACGAUUCUGGCGUGUGCUCGGCCAAUUUUACUGAGAAUGCCAUGGACUUGCAGCUGUCAGAACAACAGAACUCGAACGUAGACGAAGCUCGGUUUUCCGCAGCGUUGAGCCUGUUUGACCCACUAGCUGACUCUUCCAACGCCACUGGGGAAGAUUUAUUGGAAGGACCCGGCAGCCCUAGAACAAAUUCCACGAUUUUUUUCUCCAAUCCAAAUUUUAUCACUAACGCUAACACAAGAACUAGCAAUGCUGUGGUUGAGCAAAAUGCAGAAGAGAAGCCAAAAACGAAUGACUUUCAGCUGGUGACGCCCCUGUAUGACGUCAGCCAAUCAGCAACAAGUAGUAGCACUCAAGUAUUUCUUAAUAGUUCUGUCUCAGCGGGGAAACCGCGCCGCGCAAGUACGGACAGUAAUCGGUCCUCAGGGUCGAGUUUGUCCAAGGAUGGCUCAAACUCCGACGAACGUCUUGUCAACUUGAAUUCGGAGACUCCCUCUCGGAAAGAGAAUUCCAUGGAAACAGAGGUCACAGCAUCAGGAAAGAAGAAGGGUCUCUUCAGAACAUUCAAGGAGAAAAUAAACAAAGGGCGAAAGAAGAAAGAAACCACAAACCAUGGAAAAGAAACCACAAACCAUGGAAAAGAGGACACUAUGCACGCAGAAAGUACAAACACUUUGGUAGAGGUUGAUGGAGCCAUAGCAUUACCAACACCAGCACAGGCAGCAGAACCAAACAUCAUCAUCACAGAAACCUCAGACGAUAUUCUAGCCAAGUAUCGCAAGAAGUCCAUCCUGACCAGCACGCCGACCUGUGAGCCUGCACAGCAGACGGACAAGGAGCGCCGCCGCACGCUCAAGGAGAACAGCGACUCUAUGCCGCUGUAUGAUUCAGCCAACCCGGAGAAGUGCCUCGCGUUCUUGGAUGCAAAACGGAAGCUGAGGAUAGUACUGGGCUCUGCCGACUUCCAGAUUGGAUACCACAUGUCGAGUGUGAUGUACAGCCCUCGGGAGGGGGACAGUCGUCCGGACAACAACGACCUUGUGAGCCUGCUGCGCACUCAGCUCUCCGAGGCCAUCAACUUGCAGAACAAGGACGCCAUUGCUCAGCUGCACGAGGCUCUUAGAUGUGUGCGCCAGUUUGAUAACGAAGUCUGCAAGAAGCUUGUGAGGUCCCUGCAGGAUGAGUACAAGGGACGGAGCAGCUAUAUCUCCUACCUGGUACGGUGCAAGCAGGGUCUACUCAGCACCCUGGCGCACAUACGUACGCUCCAGAACCGGGUCAAUAGAGAGAAGGCCAUCUACAGCGGUCACAUGACCAGUGUGUGCGUGCGACUGUUUGUUGAACACUGGGAGAAAGCCCUGCAAGGGUUCAUUCUACAGUUCCAGAGGCAGACAGUCUCUGACGAGAAGACGGAUCUGUUGGAAAGGUUCUUGCAGGAUCUCUACAGUAAAAUGGAUAGUGAUGCCAUAUGGAAAGCGGCCACUGAGAUGCAGAUCGACGAUGCUCGUCUGGCCAUCGAACGUUUCAUAAUGUCUCGCAUCUACACUCAUGCCAUGUUUCCAAACGGUGAUGGUGAUAUUCACAGGGACCAGCUGAUACAGCAGCAUAUCCGAGAGCUGAGCAAGUCUAUCAGUCCAGACCAUCAGGACCUGAAGAUCCCUAAGAUGUACCAUCUAGAGUGUCCCUGGCCAGCGGCCCAGAGGGAGCUGUACAUGAUCAACGCUUACAAGACACCUCGUGACAAGGUGAAGUGCAUUCAUCGAUGCGCAUCAACGAUUAUGAACCUACUCAGCAUGGCGAAUGAGAAAUCAGUACCGGCAGCAGACGAUUUUACUCCUGUAUUUAUCUUUAUAAUAAUCAAGGCUAACCCACCGUGCCUGCUAUCCACUAUCCAGUAUGUGAACAGCCUGUACCACGAGAGACUUCAUGGGGAGGAACAGUACUGGUGGAUGCAGUUUGUGGCCGCGGUGGAGUUCAUCAAAACCAUGGACUAUCCACGUGACAGCCAGGCUUGAAAUAGCACUGUAGUAGCUUAUGGGAAACACGGUAGCUGGGAUCUGGGACAGCUGGGCCCCUUUAUCACUAAGAUACGUAUUUUGACGCAUAUGGUUGAUGAGCAAAUAGCCUAUGGUUGAUUCUAUGUUUUAUAUACAAAAAUGAAUUAAAGGAGUAAUUAUUCCUUACAAGAUAUUUUUUUCACAGUUAUGCUCACAGAAACAAUUGAUUGUCACACUAAAGGUUUGAUUAAAGAAAAAAGUAUAUUACUUAAAAUUUUAAUUUGUAUGUCUAUUUGGAUCCUUGUGAAUACCUGCCUAGAUGGCAGUGUUAUCAGAAUUAUUUGGGUCAAGUGUCUAGAAAUAUUUUUCUUCUUUUUUUUUUCCAAUACUUUACAAACGAGUUUCUUUUCAUUUUAUAAUAGGCAUUUUUACCUGUAUUUUACUUCAUCAAACAUUAUUGGACUGUUAUCUAAUAAGCCUAAUUGGUCUUUCAUGAUAGUUGCAAUGUAAUCCUGAUAGUGAUUGUACCAGAAUUAAAAACUAAGGUUGUACACAAAUUUGUAUAUUGUUUUGUAUUAAAGAAAUAACCUCAGUCAGGUUGAUUUGUGAACUAAUUCUUAAGGUCUUAAAGUUUCCACUACUGAUAUCUAGGUAUUGGAACCAAUAAGAAGGGAUAGUAACAUAUAAACAAGUGUUUAGUUUUAAUAUAAAAAUUUAAGAAGUGAUGAACAAAUAUGGUGUUAUGCUUUUUUAUACACAGAUUUGGGCAUUGCAUGUAUUGAUCUUUAGGAAACAUUUAGUUAUAGGUUAUUUCCAGUAAAAUGUAUUUUGUACUCACAAUUACAUAAUUUACACAUGCAUGGUUCAUUCUAUGAAUGGCUUAUUAAAUAAGCACCUGUAAGAAGUAAAUUUUAUUUAUUUAAUUUUUUCGUUUUGCAAAGACAUGUAUGCAAGGCUCAGUCUUCUAAUAUACAGAAACCUAGAUUUCAAGUUUUUUUAUUAAGUCAGUAGCUCAUAUAAAACUCAUUGCUGAUACUGUGUCAACAUUUGACUGUAUCUGAGCACGAGUAAUCCGAGAACAUCUAGUAUGCUUUCCCUAUUGUUAAUGAUGAUUUUUUGUUGAAAUAGUUUUCAGUAAUUUCUAACUUGUUGGAUAUCUGCUAGAAUGAGAUUAAUCAUUUUGUUCAUGUUUAAUGAAAACUUUGAAAACAACAACAACAUUACAUCAGUACAUAUUUUCUGAUAGCAGGAAAAUUUCUUGCCACUGUAGUUGACCAUUCGAGUAGAUUUUGAUUGAUUUACUUGUAUUUUUUAGGCAUAUGGUUAGCAUCGUGACACCUUGAACAAAUUUUGUUCUCGAUCAGGUCCAUAAAAUACUUAUUUAUUUGUUAUGCUUCAUAUAUGUUUUAACACUUUGUCUACGCCAAAACUUUGCUGAAGGGCACCAUAGAGAUGUUGCAGCUUGCAAGUAUCCAAAUAGCUCCCAUGUAAAAACAUGAGUUACAGAAUAAUUGCCAUGAAGUGUUACAUUACAAAGUUGAACGUUUCAUUAUAAAAAGCCCCCGUUCUCAUAUUGUCAAUUUUUUCAAACUUCUCUUAUUUUACAAUAAUACAUUAUUGCUUCUUUUGUAAAAACAAAAUGUUUUACUUAGGGCUAUCUUUACCUCAAGUUUUACCCUAGGGCCUCUAUGUCUGGUGCCCCUGGCAUGGGGGCAUGCAAAGUUCAGCAUAACAUCAGGAAUCCUUUAGAAGCUUCUGUGAUACAUUAUGCAUAUAGACCAUUAUAGUUUAGCCUCCCUCUAUGAAAACGGUGCUUAAUGCAUGUGCGUAGAGUCAUCCAAUAUUAGCCUGUGCAGGGCACACAGGCUUGUCAGGGACAACACUUUCCGCUUGAAGGUUUGUUUUGUUUAAAGGAUAUAUCUUCUUAGGGAAAAUCCUGUUUAGGCGGAAAGUGUCGUCACUGAUUAGCCUGUGUGGAUUGCACUUGCUAAAACGGGACAACACUUCACUCACACAUGCACAUUAAGCCCUGUUCUCUCAGAAUGAGGAUCAUAGAUUUAUUAUAUUUGAUAACCUUAAUAGAAAUAAUGUAUACUUUAAUUCAUGGUUUGAGCGUAAAAUUGAUGUAUCUGAGAAUGAAAUGAACAGGAGAUGCAUCCGUUUUGCACACAGUCCUUGAUUUGUGUUGUACAUGUAUAUAUUCUUCAUUUCCUGGUAUUUAGUGUUAACGUAUCUUAGAAGGAAUGUUUUCAGAGAUACAUCCGUUUACACACGGUCCAGGCUUUGUGGUGUUCAUAUGUAAAAGUAUUACUGCUGUACAGUUCUUGUAUGCCAAUAAUGUAAAACUGUAUUACCUGAAUUAUGGGGCAUUUAAUUUAAGUAUUUAUAUAAAAAAUUCCAUGCACUAUGAUUUUUAGCUCCACUGGCCAAAGGCCAGCGGGGCUUAUGUCAUGGUCCUGUGUCCAUCGUGUGUGCGUGCGUCCGUGCGUGCGUUAACUUUUUCUUUAAACAGCUUCUUAUCCUAAACUACUCGUCCAAAUCUGAUGAAAUUUCUCAGGAAUGUUCCUGUGGUGAACCUCUUUCAAAUUUGUUCAAAUUAUGCCCCUGGGGUCAAAUUUGACCCUGCCCCGGGGGGUCAAAAAAUUGAAAAUUUGCUUAUAUAAGGCCUAUUUUGUGCAAACUUUAUAAAUCUUUUUGUCCAUAACCAUUAGGCCUAGGGCUACCAAAUUUGGUAUGUAUUGACAUCUUAUAGUCCUCUACCAAGUUUGUUCAAAUUAUGCCCCUGGGGUCAAAUUUGACCCUGCCCCGGGGGGUAAAAAAAUUGAAAAUUUGCUUAUAUGAGGCCUAUUUUGUGCAAACUUUAAAAAUCUUCUUGUCCAUAACCAUUGGGCCUAGGGCUACCAAAUUUGGUAUGUAGUGACAUCUAAUAGUCCUCUACCAAGUUUGUUCAAAUUAUACCCCGGGGGUUAAAUUUUACCCUGCCCCAGGGGGUCAAAACAUUGAAAAUUUGCUUAUAUAAGGCCUAUUUGUGCAAACUUUUAAAAUCUUCUUGUCCAUAACCGUAUGGCAUAGGGCUACAAAAUUUGGUAUGUAGUGACAUCUUAUUGUCUUCUACCAAGUUUGUUCAAAUUAUGCCCCUGGGGUCAAAUUUGACCCUGCCCCGGGGGGUUAAAAAAUUGAAAAUUUGCUUAUAUAAGGCCUAUUUUGUACAAACUUUAAAAAUCUUCUUUUCCAUAACCAUUGGGCCUAGGGCUACCAAAUUUGCUAUGUAGUGACAUCUUAUAGUCCUCUACCAAGUUUGUUCAAAUUAUGCCCCUGGGGUCAAAUUUGACCCUGCCCCGGGAGGUCAAAGAAUUGAACAUUUGCUUAUAUAAGGCCUAUUUUGUGUAAACUUUAAAAAUCUUCUUGUCCAUAACCAUUGGGCCAAGGGCUACCAAAUUUGGUAUGUAGUGACAUCUUAUAGUCCUCUACCAAGUUUGUUCAAAUUAUGCCCCUGGGGUCAAAUUUGACCCUGCCCCAGGGGGUCAAAAAAUUGAAAAUUUGCUUAUAUAAGGCCUAUUUUGUGAAAACUUUAAAAAUCUUCUCGUCCAUAACCAUUGGGCCUAGGGCUACCAAAUUUGGUAUGUAGUGACAUCUAAUAGUCCUCUACCAAGUUUGUUCAAAUUAUGCCCCUGGGGUCAAAUUUGACCCUGCCCUAGGGGGUCAAAAAAAUCGAAAAUUUGCUUAUAUAAGGCCUAUUUUGUGCAAACUUUAAAAAUCUUCUUGUCCAUAACUGUAUGGCAUAGGGCUACCAAACUUGGUAUGUAAUGACAUCUUAUAGUCCUCUACCAAGUUUGUUCAAAUUAAGCCCCUGGGAUCAAAUUUGACCGUUCCCCAGGGGUCACAAAAUUGAACAUAUGCUUAUAUUGGGCCCAUUUUGUGCAAACUAUAAAAAUCUUGUCCAUAACCAUUGGGCCUAUUUCUACCAAAUUCGGUAGGUAGUGACAUCUAAUAGUUCUCUACUUAGUUUGUUCAAAUUAUGCCCCUAGGAACAAAUUUGACCUUGCCCCAGGGGUCACAAAAAUGAACAUAUGCUUAAAUAAGGCCUAUUUUGUGCAAACUUUAAAAAUCUUCUUGUUCUUAAUAAAAGAGCCUAGGGCUACUAAAUUUGGUAUGUAGUGAUAUCUAAUAGUCCUCUAACAAAUUUGUUCAAAUUAUUCCCCUGGGCUCAAAUUUGACCCGGCCCCGGGGGUCACAAAACUGAACAUAUGACGUUUAUCAGUUGAAAUUACUGCGGCCGUUUGGCUGUGACCAACAACAACAUCAACAUCUUGUAAACAUGAGAUAAAACCCUGUCAUUAAGUGCCAUUUUAGGUCAGAUUGUGACUGCUUACAAAGGCAUUGAAGUAAGAACAUGUGUUAUGAAUGUUUUUCUUAUAAACUGAAAAAAGUCGGGUUUUAUUUAAAUAUGUCGAAAGUGACCAUAUAUCCGGAUGAAAAUAUUUUGGAUGACAUGUUAAUUUCAUGUCUUUUUUGUAGUGUUAAAACCAGUUUAAUAAUAUAUUAUUGAUUUUAAAAACACAACUUCCAUGAACAUAAUUAUUUCAAGGAAAGUCAAUAUAAUGAUACUGCACGGUAAACUCAAACUUUGUAUCCAAGAGAAGGUGUUGAAAUUAAUGAAGUGCAAUGUUCUUAACUAUCGUAUAUGCUGCUUUUUAAUAACUAAUGAUUCAUUGUUCCAUUUGUGAAUAGUGACUGAUCAUGAAUUGUUGAAAUGAUUGUCAAUUGCUCAACAAUCCAUAUAUAUUUCUGACCAUUUUAUAAUUUUCUAAAUACAAGUUAUGAAUUGAUCUUAGAAGUCAAAUGUAUUACUUAAUUAAAUACAUUUAUAAAUAUAAAGAAAUAAUCUUUAGAUUAUCAUAAUAUUCUCAGGCCUGUUGGUCUUAGGGAUGUGUGGGUUGAUGAGCAAUUUCUCCUUUUAUCACAAUUAUUUCUACCCUACCUGAUCUUUUCCUUCAUAUUCCAUUUUAAUUCAAUUGACGUCUGCAACCUCUUUCAAAUUGGGAAAGUCCAAAAUGUGUUGUUUGGUAAAGGGUUAAGGCAUUUUGAUUCCUAUGGGUCUUGUGAAUCUGUUUCAAAUCAAAUGCGUAGAUUUGAUCUUCAGCAACUAAAAAUAUGUGAAAUAGAAAGAACGACAAUAUCUUUUGGAGAGAUAAAUGUACCUACGUUAUAAGCAAAGGACCUGUGCAACAAUUCCCGGGCUUUUUUGUCUGUUUAGUUAACACGGUAGUAACUUUUUCCAUAUAUAAAACUCACCCUUCCAACUUAAUGCGCCCAGUGGGACGAGGGCUAGAAAGAGAAAGUCACAUGCUUGAGUACAUUUCAACCCAUGCGCAUUACACGUUUUUUUCGCAAAGAAAAAACAGUGGAGCGAUACAGGGCCAUCAUGGCCCUCUUGUUUAGUUAUUAUUUAGAAUUAAAAGAUCAAUACUGAAUGGCAAACUGGAGACCCUUUUUUGUCUCAUUAUGACGCAAAGUUGCAUAAGUGCUGUACGUGAUAAACAGCAUUGUAUUAAUUCUAGUCGGAAAUAUGAUGAUAAGUUGUCACAUAUUGGUGUCCUGUUGAUAUCUAUAUAGACAGUUUUAUACUGACCUGAUUUUAUAUGGCAUAAUAAACCAGCUUAAUAUUCAUACAUUCCAAAAAUGUUUGUUUCAACUUAAAGUCAUCAUUUCUUGUAAUUAAGAAAUAAUAUUUUUCUAUCAUGGUUUGUUGUCGAAUAACCCACAGUAAGGAGUAUAGAUGUGUAGGAAUUAAAUCAAGAGUGCGAAGCACGAGUGAUUUGAUAACACGCAUCUAUACAACUUACUGUGGGUUAUUCGACAACAAACCAUCAUAGAAAAGUAUUAUUUCGAUUCUAACACGAUUCUGAUUGAUUUGGUUCAAGCGUUAGGACGUGAACUACAUGUUUCAAUACUCCGCCCUCCUAAGUACAAAGUUCACUAUUUAGUGACGUCAUUGAAUUGUAAAAACAUAUGACGUCAAUUUUAUUCAUAAAUAUUUUGCAAAUGACGUCACAUUAAUUGAAAUCAGCAAUCGUAGAAACUUUAUGACGUCACGUUUAUUGAUGUAACAGAAAAGCUGACAUGCUAUAAAUGUUCUCUGAAUUACGUUUCCUAACAAAUAACAUUUUUUGUAGGCGUGGUUAUGCCACUUAUCACCAAAUAUACAAUUUGUUGUUUCAUUACAUUUACAUACAUGUUACAUUUAUUACAUUUCUCUUAGAGCGGGCUUUAGCAUGUGCAUUUUACUGCAAUAUUUUCUUUAUUUAUUCGGAACUAUUUUCGAAACAUAAAGCUCCGCCCAUAAGUUAUUGCAGAAUAACCCACACUUGAUUUCCUUCUUUGUCUAUAGAAAACAAGUCGUGUGCCGUGUUAGAAUCACUAAUUACCAACUUGUCAGAUCAUCAUGUAUUUGAAUUGAACUUAUAUCCAAUGUGAUACCCGGUAAUGUAUAAACCCUUAUCACUUAGAUUUGUAUUUUCAUGCAUUUGUAGUCCCUUAGAAUGUUAUAUUUAAUUAAGACCUUUCUUACUAGAUUAAAGUUUUUAAGGCUUCAUCUAUAAACCUGAGAUACUUGAGCAGCAAACAGCGUAAAACCUGAACAAACUGCGAGUUACUCGCAGACUGUUCUGGUUUUAUGUUGUUUGCACAUAGCCAUUUUUACUUUGCUUCUAAGUGGGAAAGGGUUAAUGUAAGGUGUGUCUUACCACAAAAUUCAAAAACAGUGAGUAUUUGCUAAGGUUUAUGCAAAGGUUUUGCUGCUUAUUUUCCUUGUAUUUCAUCUUCAAUAAAUCCACGUGUUUGUUUUAUUUUGAAGUAAUAUGUAUAAAUAUUAAUGUUCUUUUUGUUUAAUUUAACAAAUUAGUUUUAGAUUUAUUUAAACACUGAGUAUAGAUUGGCACAGAAGGGUUUAAGUGUGUUGGUUUUCAGAUGUAAAAUAAUAGCAAGUGCUUUUUAUUUGAAGUGCUUUUUUUCUUUAAAUAUUUAGUGUAUUUGAUUUAUUUGAAGUUGUAAGAGUGCAAUGUAAGUUUUGUUAUCCGUUAAUCAAACAUGUGCAUUUUCACUCCUUUUUAAGUUCAACAAAUGAAAGAGUUACAACUUCUGUAUUGAAUUUUGUUUCUCGUUUAUGCCAAAUCUAUUUCACCUUUGAUUUGUGUUAAAAUACUCAGAGAAAAACAUGCCGUGUACAUCAUUUUGUUUACCAGUUGAACUAUUCUAUAAACACAGAAUCAUGUCACUGCAAACUUUCUGUCAUCAUUUAUGCAGACACUAUUGCUUGUUUUUGCUUGUUAUUUAAUCUGUUAAUGUAUUAUUAUGUGUAAAUAAAGACCUUAGUGAGAGAAAUAAUCACCA